AUGACCUCCAUCACCUCCGCGUACCGCUGCCAAAUCGCGGCGAACAGAUCGCGCGAUCGCGUCCCGCGCGCGCUCGCGAAGACGAUCGCGUGCGGACACCGCGCGACGCCGGGAUCGACGCGCGCGGGACCGCAGCAGAAGAAGAACAAGCAGGGAAAGAAAAAUGGCGCCGCGCACGUCGCGCCGACGUCGGUCGCGACCCCGCGCGCGCCGCACGCGCGCGACGGCGAUAACGUCCUCGCCAGGGCGAUCUACCCGGUCGAGGGAGUGCUCUCGCGCGACAUCACGAACGCGAUCGCGGAGACGCAGGCGGCGCUCCUCGUCGUCGACGACAUCCAACGCGACGCGGUCGAGUACUUCGAUUACUGGAACCCGGACGCGCAGCGCGAGUUCGUCGAGAUGAUUCAGCCCCCGAGCGGCGAGGAAUCCUACGCCAGCGGCGCGCUGAGAGGCAUCGAGGCCGUGGACAAAAAGACGCGGUUGAGGCUCGAGGCGAGCGCGCGCGCGGCGGCCGCUUUGGACGCGAUGCGCGAGGUCAAACGCCAGGACGCGGAGAAAGCCGCCUCCGCCGCCGCCGCCGCCGCCGCCGUCGCCGAGCGCGAGCGCAUUAACGCGGAGACCGCGACCGCGCGGGCCGCCGCCGCGGUCGCGGAGGCGAAGGAACACAGAGAAAAGGCUGCGGAGGAAGCGCGCGCGUUCUACGAGAGGAGCCAGCUCGAGUUGAAGAUGAAGAGAGAGCUGGAGGACGCGCAGCGAGAGCUCAUCGCCGCGUCGAAAGACUUGGGCGCGUCCCGUCUCGAUCUCAUCACGUCAUGA